CGCGAUGGCGGGGGCAGCGGGGCUGAUGGCCGAAGUGAGCUGGAAGGUCUUGGAGCGAAGAGCCCGGGCCAAGCGCUCAGGCUCAGUUUAUGAACCUCUUAAAAGCAUUAAUCUUCCAAGACCUGAUAAUGAAACUCUAUGGGAUAAACUGGAUCAUUAUUACAGAAUUGUCAAGUCAACAUUGCUGCUGUAUCAAAGUCCAACCACAGGUCUCUUUCCUACUAAAACGUGCGGUGGUGAUCAGAAGGCCAAGAUUCAAGACAGUCUGUACUGUGCUGCUGGGGCCUGGGCUUUGGCUCUUGCAUACAGGCGCAUUGACGAUGACAAGGGAAGGACCCAUGAGCUGGAGCACUCGGCUAUAAAAUGUAUGAGAGGAAUUCUCUACUGCUAUAUGCGUCAGGCCGAUAAGGUCCAGCAGUUCAAGCAGGAUCCACGUCCAACAACAUGCCUUCACUCUAUUUUCAAUGUGCACACAGGAGACGAAUUGCUCUCCUAUGAGGAAUUUGGUCAUCUUCAGAUAAAUGCAGUGUCACUUUUUCUUCUUUACCUUGUGGAAAUGAUUUCCUCAGGACUCCAGAUUAUCUAUAACACUGAUGAGGUCUCUUUUAUUCAAAACCUCGUAUUUUGUGUAGAAAGAGUUUACCGUGUGCCUGACUUUGGUAUCUGGGAAAGAGGAAGCAAAUAUAAUAACGGCAGCACAGAGCUCCAUUCGAGCUCUGUUGGCUUAGCAAAAGCAGCUCUAGAAGCAAUUAAUGGAUUCAACCUCUUUGGAAACCAG